AUGACGUUGCCCAUCAAACCGCAGACCUGGACCAAAGAUGCGUUCAUCAUAUCAACGGAUAAAACGCUUCUCUCAGUGUCUGCCAUCAACACCGCGUUCGACAAUGAUUUCAUGUACUGGACGAAAAGUUACCCCGAGAAUAUCCUAAAACAGAUCAUUGAUGGUUCCUUUUGCUUCGGAGUGUACAAGGCCAAGCAGAAUAUCACUGGCCAGAAUGGUGACAGCAACAGCAUCCCAAGUCAUGGUCCAACAAAGUUAAUAGAAGGUGUAGAUCAGAUCGGAUUCGCGCGGCUCAUCACGGACAAUGUUACCUUCGCGUAUCUGACUGACUUGUACAUCCUCCCGGAAUAUCAGGGUCACGGUCUUGGAGGCUGGCUAAUCGAUUGCGUGGAUGAGGUAUUGCGACCGCUGCCGCACCUGAGGUGGUUUAUGUUGCGGACGUCGGCGGAGAAGAGCAAGCAGGCAUAUGAGAAGCGUUUGGGGAUGCAUGUUUUGGAUACGAGCUGUGUCAGCGAGGGGGGGAUCAUGAUGGGGAGGAAGGGGAAGGCAAAUAUGGCUUGA